UAAUAAAGGUGUUGUCCGUCUGUAUUUUAAAUGUAGGCUUUUUAGACAAUUAAACACAGAAGUUAUUUUAUAACUCAUGAAUCUAUAAUUCACCUUUCAUGUGAUAUCAAGAUAUACAUUUAAAUGAACCUCAAGAUUAGAGACAAUAACCCAGUUUAUAUUGAGAAAUCCCAAGAAGCCACGUGAUUGGCUGAACAGUGUUGAUCAAUUCACUUUCAGGUGACAUCACUUGUUGUUUAUAUUUAAAUGAACCUUAAGGUUAUACAAUAACUCUGUUUAUAUUUAAAAUUCCCAAGAAGCCACGUGAUUGGCUGAACAGUGUUCUAAAAUACUGUGUCUUUUUGUUGGUAUCCACCACACUCAUAACCUAAAGCACACUGAAGACAGAGCAUACACUAUCUUCUCUGAGAUAUCCCUUGAGAUUUGACAAACAAUCACUACUUUUCUCUUAGCAAUUUACUUUCAGCACCAUGAAGCGAAGUGCAGAUGGUACCUUCUCUGGUCCAGGCUAUAACCUGAGAAAGACCAGAAAACCUUCAAGCCGUCUGAAGGAUCCCAACGUGUCUGACAACCUUGCAUUGAUAGCACAUGCAGUCAGCUUGGACCACAAGUACAGCUCCAAGUCUGGUAGCUGUCACUCAACAACACAUAAACAACUAAAGGGCAUUAAGCUAGAGAAACACAUCUUUAAAAAUGCAGCUGUAAUUCCUGAGUUAUCUCCAGUAGAUACAAACACUCAAACCCCAGCACAUCUGGUAACACAUGCCGUCCGCUUGGACCACAACUACAUCUCCGAGUCUGAUAGCUCUCACUCAACAACACAUAAACAACUAAAGGGAAUAAAGCUAGAGAACCACUUCUUUAAAAACGCAGCUGUCAUUCCUGAGUUUUGCCCAAAAUUUACAAAGUCUCACACCCAAACCCAACUGGUGCACACCAGCACUGAGGAACCUCUUUUAAUCCAUGGGAACAGCACAGAAGACCAUCAAAGAACGUAUCAUGCUGUGGUGGAUUCUAUGUUAAAGAAAUCCUCUGGAGAGCCUCACAACUACAGCCUGCAGUUAGGGCUUCGUGUGAAGCAACGCCUCUGGAAAACUCUAAACUGCCCCACCAUGAUUGAAGAAGAGCAGCCUGAUGGACUCAUCCAAGUUAAAGAGAUGUUCUCCAGACCAAGCCUAAAGAGAUCUGCCCCACGUAUAAAUGUCGACAUUAGCGGUGAACCCCUGCCAUACGCACCACAGAGGAAGAGGCCCUGCCUGUGA